UGAUACCAGUAUCUUUUUGGUUUGUAUGGAUCCUCCUUCAUGUACCAAGUGUACCAAGAAUAAGAAGCCAUUUGGCUUCUAAUUUCCAACUUAAGUGGAAGAUUACAUAGUUUUGGCAACACUUAAUUUUAGUCUCAAAAGCUUAAGACCACAGUUCACAUUCUUACAAUGGUUUCAGAACUAGUUGUUCUCUUCCUUCUCUUCCUCCCUCUCAAAUCUCAAUCUUCUGCAGACACCCCUUCAUGGGUGAAAGCUGGUUACUACUAUUCAGGAAGUGAAAUUUCAGCAUCAGACAUAAAAGCCACGCUUUUCACUCACCUCUUAUGCUCUUUCGCUUUCAUAAACCCCACCACCUACAACGUCUUCAUCAACUCUUCAGAGGAGCACAAGUUCUCAACCUUCACCAACACGGUCAAGCUUCAAAACCCAUCAGUUUCAACGCUUCUAUCAAUCUGGGGUGGCGGCGAAAACACCGCAAUCUUCACCUCAAUGCUAAAUCAAUCAUCUUUUCGAAAAUCCUUCAUUGAUUCCUCAAUCAGAACAGCUAGGGGUUUGGAGUUUCGGGGUAUAGACCUUUGCGGCGCGUGGCCGAAGCAGGGUAGUGACCUUAUCAAUUUCGGAACCCUUUUGAAGGAGUGGCGAAUUGCAAUAGCUUCUGAGGCAAGAAACUCUAGCAAGCCAGAGUUGGUGUUGGUGAUGGCAGGUUAUUACCUAAAAGGUUCAGAAUCUAUGAGUUAUCCAUUUGAAUCAAUGCAGGUAAACUUGGAUUGGGUGCAUUUUCUGGCUUAUGAUUACUAUGUUCCUAGAAAGCACAAUGUAACCGGUUUUCAUGCGGCUUUGUAUGGUCCAAUUGGUUGGGAUAACACUGAUUCUGGUAUCAAAGAGUGGAGGAAAAGGGGAUUUUUGUCUAAGAAACUGGUAAUUGGAUUGCCUUUUCAUGGAUAUGCAUGGACACUUGUGAACCCUAGAGGUAAUGGUGUGGGAACACUAGCUUCAGGACCUGCUAUUACAAUGGAUGGUUCCAUGGCUUAUAAACUGAUAAAGAGUUAUAUUAGAAGCUUUGGAGGUGGAGUUGUUUCACAUUAUAAUUCUACUUUUGUGGUGAAUCACUUCACAGUUGCAUCCACCACUUGGGUUAAUUUUGAUGAUGUGGAGGCAAUCAGGGCAAAAGUUUCUUAUGCAAAGGAAAAUGGUCUACUUGGUUACAAUGUGUUCCAAGUUGGAAAUGAUGAAAAUUGGGCCCUCUCAAAGGCAGCUCAAGAAGUAGAUGAAGAUCAUCAUCAUAAGAGGAAGUUGCUGAUAAUUGUUCUGCUUUCAACUCUGACAGUCGCAUUUCUUUUGGGAAUAGCAUUUUGCUACUACCGCCGAGGAAUAGUAGCCAGUUUUACAAGAUUAGUGUAUAGACUGAGGAUAUAUUUAUCAGCAGCUGAAAAAGACCUCGAUCAAAAUGCUUCUGAUCUGAUAGUAUUCAGUUAUCUCACAAUCAAAUUGGCAACAGAUAAAUUUUCAAAAAAUAAUAAGCUUGGAGAGGGUGGAUUUGGCUCUGUGUACAAGGGGAAAUUACAGAAUGGACAGGAAAUUGCUGUCAAAAGACUCUCAGAAACCUCCAAUCAAGGCCUUGAAGAGUUCAGAAAUGAGAUCACGCUUACAGCAAGACUGCAACAUGUAAAUUUAGUUAGGCUUCUCGGUUAUUGCACAAAAAAGGAUGAGAUGAUUCUGAUCAAUGAAUACCUGCCAAAUAAAAGCUUAGAUAAUUUCCUUUUUGAUCCAAGGAAAUCAAAUCUUUUAGACUGGAACAAGCGUGUCAAUAUCAUUGAAGGGGUUAUUCAAGGCCUACUUUAUCUCCAGGAGUACUCAAAUUUCACCAUAAUCCACAGAGAUAUUAAAGCUAGCAAUGUUUUGUUAGAUCAUGAGAUGAAUCCCAAAAUAUCAGAUUUUGGUAUGGCUAGAAUUUUCAGGAAAUAUGACAUUGAAGCAAACACAAGCAGGAUCGUGGGAACUUAUGGGUACGUACCUCCUGAGUAUGUCAGAAAAGGCAUAUACUCAACAAAAUACGAUGUUUACAGUUUCGGUGUUCUUCUCUUGCAAAUCAUAAGCGGAAAGAGGACUUCAUGUUAUUACGGCACGCACGAAAACAUGAAUCUUUUGGAAUAUGCGUAUGAGCUAUGGAGGGAAGGUAGAGGCGUGGAGUUUUUUGACCUGUCAUUGGAUGAUACAACAUCACUUUGUAAAAUCAUGAGAUGCAUGCAGGUGGCUCUGUUGUGUGUUCAAGAUAAUUCUGCAGAUAGACCUUCCAUGUUAGAAGUUGAUUCACUCCUUAAGAAUGAAGCUGCAUCUAUUGGUACUCCCAAAACGCCUGGUUUCUCAGUGAAAAAACAUGGAGAGGAGGAAGAAACAUGUCACAGCGGGGCCAAAUUUUCUUCCACCAAUGAUGUUACAAUUUCUGAAAUGGCACCAAGAUAAUAUGCUGGAGACUAAGCCAUGGUACUCACCUUGAACUAGAGGAUCUAAAGCUAACUGCUAUUAAUGGAGAGUGUGAUAUGAUAUCUUGUUUAGGCCUUGUCUAUUAUUAGUUGAAGGGUCAUCUAUAGAAGUAGAGAAAAUUUCAAGAUCUCUUUCACUAACAUGCAAGAUGGUGCUUUAUGAUCUGAAAAUCAUGUAUACAUAUUUUCUGGCAACUGAGCAGGAACCAUCGUUCUCUUCCGGAAUGCAGUUGUUAUAUAAUGUGAGUAUGAGUAUUAUUAUCUGGUAAUAUUAACAUGAGAGUUUAUUUCAGAUUAUCUUAUAAAGCAAAUACUUGUGUACAUGUUUGGUUAAGCUACUGAAAUUAGCAUAUUACCAACCUAUAAACUCUUUCAAGCAUAUUUGAUU